AUGGUCAACAUCAAAUUACUGACCAGUCUGACGUUCUUAGUAGUGGUGUCUGACGGACGAACUGCAAAAUUUUCUAAGGAUGUCGGUUUUUGUGACUCGGCUGAUGAAGCAUUUACUACCACAAAUAGUAGUUUCAGUGGUAGUAGUGGUAGUCGUAGAAGUGGUAACUGUAGUAGCGGUAGUAGCGAUAGUAGCAGUAAGUUGAAAGCUUUAAAUUACAAAUUAGAGCGUGCUGAUUUGAGUAACGAAAUUCCGGCCGUCGUCAGGUGUUCCUGGAUUUGCACAAACUUUAAUUACUCAUCACUGUCGUCAUCGUCAUCCUUGACAUCAUCACUGUUUCCCUCUGCGUUGUUUCCACCGGUGCUAUCAUUACUAACAUCGCUACUGUCAUCUUCAUCUUCUUCCUCCUCAUCUUCGUCCUCAUCAUCGUCCUGUUCCUCAUUCAAGUACGUUGAAAAGUCAAACGAAUGCGUGUUUUAUUUUGGACAGGAUUAUCAAAAUCUGAAGAACGCCAAAAAUGAAUCGUCGUCAUCAUCAACAUUUCCACCAUUAUCAUUAUCUUCUUUUACAUCACCUUCCCCAUCGUCAUCAUCAUCGUCGUCGUCAUCAUCAUCUUCAUGCUGCUCAUACUUCGAGUUGAUCCUGGAAAAUUCAAAUAAUUACAACAAUGUUGCUACUGACCGAAGUGAAGGAAACCCCAUCCUUGCAAUUGCAACUGUUACUAGUAUUAAUAAAACAACAACAACAACAACUACUACUACUACUACUACUACUACUACUACUACUACUACUACUACUACUACUACUACUACUACUAUUACUAAAAAUUUUUCAACUGUUUCCACUACAAUUUUAACCCCUUCCACAACUACUAUUGCAACUAUUUUAACGAAAAAAAUUUUAUUCACAACUACUCUCAAAACUACAUCACUGGCAAUGCCGAUAACAAUAGCUGAUUCAACCAAGUCUAUAUUCGGAACAAGCCCUCCAUAUGGUGUAGUUGAAAAAGUUACUCCAACCAAAAAAUUAACCGUCACAUCGUCUGGUUCAUCAUCGUCAACUGAUAGAAAUAAAAUCAAAAAGGAUGAAGACGAUGAUGAGGAAGACGACGAUGAUGACGAUUUGCCUAAGAACCUUGAUGAAAAUUUACGUAAAUUCUGUGAGAUGUGUGUUAAUGAAAGAGAAAGUUGCGAUCCAGUACCGCUAGUUGUGAAGAAUCUAAGCCAGAUGAAUGAGUGCAUCGUAUGUAAACCAAGAAAAUCAAAAAAACCUAAAUCAUAUUGUAAAUGUAAAUUUGUGCAGAAUAGCCAAGGCAAAUCAUCAAAAGACAGUCGUAAUAAGCUAAAAAAAAUUGACAAGUUUAAGUGCGUUCAAUAA